GCGGGCUCUAAGGGGCGAGGCCUUGGUGGACCGCAGCCAGUCGCAGGUCCUGGGAAGCUAACUUGUCAGUGGCACUUGUUAAGUUCUUUCUUGGAGAAACGGAGAAACAUCCAGGUUUUAGGCUCCCGAGCUGUUUAGCCAUUGCUGAGUAUUCCAAGCUAAAGAUGACCGUGAUGAGUCACCUGAGAGUGAUUCUACAAGUCUCUUCAUGUACAUUGCCAUGGAGAAGGUUCUGGGUUCCGAGGUUGGUGCCACGGAGGUCCUGCAGUCUCUAUACCUGCACAUACAGAACCAGGAACCGAGCCUUACCUCCACUCUGGGAAAACUUGGACCUUGUUCCUGCGGGUGAUCGGCAGUCACCCAUCAACAUCCGAUGGAGGGACAGUGUUUAUGACCCUGGCUUAAAACCGCUCACCACUUCUUACGACCCAGCCACCUGCCUCCACAUCUGGAACAAUGGGUAUUCCUUUCUUGUGGAAUUCGAAGAUUCUACAGAUAAAUCAGUGAUUGAGGGAGGACCCCUGGAACACAAUUACCGACUGAAGCAGUUUCAUUUUCACUGGGGGGCCAUUGAUGCUUGGGGCUCUGAGCACACUGUGGACAGCAAAUGCUACCCAGCAGAGCUGCACUUGGUACAUUGGAAUGCAGUCAAAUUUGAAAGUUUUGAGGAUGCAGCACUGGAAGAAAAUGGCUUGGCUGUGAUAGGUGUAUUUUUAAAGCUAGGUAAACAUCAUAAAGAACUACAGAAAUUGGUGGACACUUUGCCAUCAAUUAAGCACAAGGACACCUUGGUGGAAUUUGGAUCAUUUGACCCUUCGUGUCUGAUGCCUACUUGCCCAGAUUACUGGACCUACUCUGGGUCUCUCACUACACCGCCCCUGUCGGAGUCUGUUACCUGGAUCAUUAAGAAGCAGCCAGUUGAGGUUGACCGUGAUCAGCUUGAGCAGUUUCGGACCCUGCUUUUCACUUCUGAGGGAGAGAAAGAGAAAAGAAUGGUGGACAACUUCCGCCCACUUCAGCCGCUGAUGAAUCGCACUGUGCGCUCAUCCUUCCGCCAUGACUAUGUGCUCAAUAUACAAGUGAAGCCCAAGCCAGCAGCCAGCGAAGUCACCCCCUGAGGCAGCAGAUUUAGGCAGCAUCUUGUUGUAACGAAUAUUAGCUUAAAAGUUUAACUAGAUUAUUUUAAAACGCAGCAUUUAGUAGUACUUAUAUGUAUAUAUAUAUGUUUUUUCCCUUCCUUUUUCUUGUAACAACAUUUCAAAAUUCCUGUUCCUGUAAAGCAAAGACAGGGAAACAAAACAAGAAAAACAAAAGCCUGUAACCAAAUAACAUCAAGUUACCUGAGGUCACCCUUUCUUAUGACAGGAUUAAGGAAGAGGAAUCUUCAUUAACUGUUAAAUCUCUCUAAUCUAUUUUUCAGAAAGUCAGAAAAACAGUUUAGUUCCUCCUUGGUUAAAUGGGGACUUAAUGUAAGUGUCUGAUCUUGAUUUUGUUCUGUUUGGGUCUAAUUCAGGAGCUUAACCCAUAACAAGAGGUUCUUGUGAAUUUUAUUUAACACUGCCUCCCUUUUGUUCAAACCAUUGAAUUAUCUCAUCAUUCAGUAUUGGUCCUGUUCUUAGUUACCAUCAUUUGGAGAAGAAUGGCUCUCAAAGGUUAGGUGCAUACUUCCUAGUUUUAGAGUAUUUCAUGUCUAUUUUCUAAAGAUAAGGUCUCAUCUGGAUAGUCCUGGCUGUCCUGGAAAUCACUAUGCGAGUCCCAGUCUAGACUUGAACUCACAAAAAUCUGCCUUUGCCUCCCAAGUGCUGGGAUUUAAUACUUGUGCUACCAUAGCCAGCUUUCAUUUGUCUUAUCAAAUAUAUUUGCUCUUUGACUGAUAA